AAUUUUCUGUAAGAUUUAGCUAAUGUUCCAUGGCUUCGCUCCAUCAAUGUCGUUGCGAUGGGCAUGGGGAGAUGGUUCGGUUUGGCAUGGUAUGGUGAACCCGGAACUCCAAACCCAAAGCCGAGGCGAAGUUUGUCUGGUGUCGUUUAUCCUCCUUGUGCCUCCCCCACCAUUUCCUGCCUUUUCGCUUCCCAGACGCUGUCAUCCUCCACCCGUACCACAUUUUCCAACACACGUGUCCGUCGAGUGUCCACUGAAGGCUGAAGGCUUUUACUUCGUUUCAAUUUGCUACCAAGUAUCAGAAAAUAACUCUCACAUAUCAAGUAUCCUCCCAAAAGAAUACUUUAAUGAAAGCGAAUUCGUGAAACCAUUUUAAAGAAGCCCAGAUGUUAGACUUACUCAUAUCUUUUAUUUAAACUCACUUAAUAUGUCACAUUAUUCAGGGAUCAGGUCCCAAAAAACUGAAACAAAGUGGCCUUGGCAUAGAACUGUCAAGUCGAUUUGCCUACCAGCUCAGCUCCUUAACCUCAGUUAUACCUUUGCUCGCAUCCAGAACACAAGUAUAAAUAAAUAUUUUUAAAACUUUUAUCUGUCUUCAAAUCCAGUUACAAUGGCAAAAGCUAAAGUAAGUCAGUGGAUGGGUCAACUCCGUGACAUGGGAAGAGUCCUGCGCUGGAGCUUGCCCUCUACUGAGAAGACCAGCUGGUCUCUAUCCUGGUUCCAGGUCGCCAAGAAGGCCUUACCCCUCUCGUCGGUUAGGAAGAACCCGUCCAAAGCCAACGCAGUUCCAACAACCGAAGUUAUAAAGGAAGGUGAACAAGGCGAUGGCUUGAAUGGAAUCCGUGACCUCCAGCAGCUCAACGAAGAGUCGAUUGCAAAAAUCGAAAGAGAGAUGCAGGCACAGCCCCCAACAGGAUUUAUAAGCCGAGCCCUAUUCUACCGCAGGAUCUAUUUCAAACGUUAAAGAUCAUCAUGAUCAUUAUGUCGAAAUCAAAAUCAAAAUUCAAAGUAAUUGGAAUUAACGUAAUAUGAAUUUUACAAACUGGACCUGGCAUUUCGACUAAGCGAAGUGUUUUCAAGCCGCUUAUGUAGCAAAUCUUCCCAGUUCUUUAAUACGAAAAAUGUCUAAAUUCUUAUGGUUAAAAUAAUGAAAUUUCAGAUUUUCACCAGAUAUUUCGUAGAUUUCUUGUUUUCUAAAAACCUUUUGAAACAGUCAGUAAACAUUUAUAAGUUUUUUAUUUA